AUGAAAAAGCUGCCUCUUGCCGAGAUCAGCGCAACGAAGGCGGCUUUGCGGCUCGUCCCCGUCUCAUAUUCUCUUGGGACGGCUGAAAGCCGGGGGGCAAAUGCAGUCGCGCUGGCUAAAGAUUGCCUCACUGCUCCUAAGUUCCUAGGUCGGUCCUUCUUCUCCCUGGUCGUAUGUAAUAGUGAGGGUGCUACUCUUUACAAUUUUGUCCUCGCUUUCGGGAUACGUAUCACUCUGGCGCCCAGAAGAGGAUGUCUCCGCAUUCUUUUCUGGGUUUACAAUGCUCUCUUCACUGUCUUGGCCUGCAUCGUGAACCCGUACACAUCAACCUUUUUCCUAGAUGUGGCCGGUGGCCUUGGCCAUGACAUUGACGAUUUCAAGAAGAUGUAUUCGAAUCAUCCAGGCGAUCUUCCCGUCGUCAUCAACGACGUCGAGGGCAUUGACACCAGCAUCGAGCUGAUGAGACACGACUUCUUGACCGAGCAGCCUAUCAAAGGCGAAAGGCCUACUUCAUGCACUCAAUCAUGCACGACUGGCCAGAUGACCAAAUUGUUGAUUUUUGAGGUGGUUGUUCCGCGUACGGGUGCUUACUGGGAGGCCACAGCGGGCGAUAUUCUGAUGAUGACCCAGCUCUCGGCGUUGGAACGCACUGAAGAUCACUGGCACCAGCUAGUUAAGGAGAGCGGUUUGAAUUUAAGAAUCGUCAAUUUCUAG